AUGAAGUUGGGCAAAGUGGAGUUCUGCCAUUUUCUGCAGCUAAUAGCUCUUUUCCUGUGUUUUUCUGGGAUGAGUCAAGCAGAACUCUCAAGGUCCAGAUCAAAGCCCUAUUUCCAAUCAGGGAGGUCCCGGACCAAGCGCAGCUGGGUGUGGAAUCAGUUCUUUGUGCUGGAGGAAUACAUGGGUUCAGACCCCCUCUAUGUAGGAAAGCUUCACUCUGAUGUUGAUAAAGGAGAUGGUUCCAUCAAAUACAUCUUGUCAGGUAAGGCAAGUUCCAUUUUCAUUAUUGAUGAGAACACUGGGGAUAUUCAUGCCACCAAGAGAUCAGGAUCGUGAGAGCAGGCCUACUACACGUCCUGAGCCCAAGCUCUGGACAGGCUCACCAACAAACCCCGUGAGCCCGAGCUCUGUUUCUUCGUCAUCAAAAUUCGAGAUAUCACCCACAAUGAACCCAAAUUCUUUGAUAAUUACACGGUGGCAGGAGUUCCAGAAAUGUCUCCCUUGUGGAAAGUCAUCAAGACUGCCCUUCCAAACAUGGAUAGAGAGAGGCUAAAGACCAGUAUUUGCUUGUUAUUCAGGCAAAAGGAUAUGGUUGGCUGUGGAGGACUGUCAGAACUACAUCAGUCACUGUGGACGCUAACGGACGCUAACGAUAACCCACCUCGCUUUCUCGAAGCAAGGUCUUAUCAAUAUAACGUCCCAGAGUCAUUACCAGCCCCAGUUGUGGCCAGAAUUAAAGCUGCCGAUGCAGAUAUUGGAGCUAAUGCUGAAAUGGAGUACAGAAUUGUGGAUGGUGAUGGAUUGGGCAUUUUAAGAUUCGUUGACAAAGAAACACAGGAAGGAAUCAUUACUAUACAGAAGGAACUGGAUUUUGAAGCCAAAACAAGUUACACACUACGGAUAGAAGCUGCAAAUAAAGAUGCCGACCCCCGCUUUCUAAGCUUGGGUCCAUUCAGCGACACAACAACCGUGAAAAUAAUUGUGGAAGAUGUGGAUGAGCCCCCUGUGUUCUCUUCACCCUUGUACCCUAUGGAGGUGUCAGAAGCUACCCAGGUUGGGAAUAUCAUUGGCACUGUAGCAGCUCAUGACCCAGAUUCUUCCAAUAGCCCUGUGAGGUACUCAAUUGACAGAAACACAGACUUGGAGAGAUACUUCAAUAUUGAUGCCAACAGUGGGGUCAUCACAACUGCCAAGUCUUUGGAUCGAGAGACAAAUGCUGUUCACAAUAUCACAGUACUUGCAAUGGAAAGCCAGAAUCCAUCUCAAGUAGGAAGAGGCUAUGUGGCCAUCACUAUUCUUGACAUCAAUGAUAACGCCCCUGAAUUUGCCAUGGACUAUGAGACCACCGUCUGUGAAAAUGCCCAGCCAGGGCAGGUUAUCCAGAAAAUCAGUGCUGUGGAUAAAGAUGAGCCAUCCAAUGGACAUCAGUUUUACUUCAGCUUAACAACGGAUGCAACAAAUAACCACAACUUUUCAUUGAAAGAUAACAAAGACAACACAGCCUCAAUAUUGACCAGGAGAAACGGCUUCCGGAGACAGGAACAAUCGGUUUACUAUCUGCCAAUUUUCAUUGUGGACAGUGGAUCUCCUUCACUUAGCAGCACCAACACCCUCACCAUCCGCGUGUGUGACUGUGAUGCCGACGGUGUAGCCCAGACCUGCAAUGCAGAGGCCUAUGUCUUACCUGCUGGCCUCAGUACAGGAGCCCUGAUAGCAAUACUCGCCUGUGUCUUGACAUUGUUGGGUAGGUACUGUUUCCAGGGCUUGCUCUGAAAGAGCUGUCACAAUAACCAUGUGUCACGACUUGCCUAUUUUCUUCUCCAUUUGGUGAACAUAUGCAGACAUUCUACUAGAUGGUGUUUGUUUUGUUUUGUUUUGUUUUGUUUUUCUUUGAGAUGGGGUCUCACUCUUUUGCCCAAGCUGGA